GGUUAGAAAAUAUGGUAAAGUUCUCCCCCCACCCCCAGUCAGUUGAUGUUAAGUGCUUUCUGAGUGUUAUCACGAAGAAAUUUAAUUUUAUCCCCUGAUCAAUAAUGUAUUUUGCCUUUUUUCUCCUAGGUCAUGAACAUUCUGUCCUAAAAUCAGACCUCCCAUCAGUCCCAUCAUCAAUCGUCAAGGUGUGAUCCUUAGAAUGUGUUCUUGAUUCGACGUGUGAAUUUUGUUUUCAAAACAAUUUAUUCAGUGAUUAAAACAGCACUUUCAUCUUAAACAUACAUAAAACACCUUCAGCUUGUCUUUUUCUUGUAGUGCUGCAGAAAUAUUUUACCAUGUCAGGCGAUUUGAUGAAAGCUACAACAGUAGCGGUUGUUAUAACCGACACGUUUAACAAAAAUUUCGCGCCAGUGUGCAGUGACAUUGCUCCCUGUUUAAUGCCUCUAGUCAAUCGCCCUUUACUUGACUACACCCUUGAGUCUCUCUCCUUUGCUGGCAUUCAAGAAGUCAUCCUUUUUUGCUCUACUUUUGCGGAUCAAAUCAAACAGCAUGUGAAGAACAAGUCGUGGCCUGGCCUGUCCAUCUCCACUGUCAUCUCUGAAGGAUGUUACUCUUUAGGUAAUGCCAUGCGGGAUCUUGAUGCCAAAGGUAUUAUCAAGAGCGAUUUUCUGCUCUUUACUGGCGCGGCAGUAUCAAAUGUCAAGUUCCAGAAAAUUCUCAACAAACAUAAAUACAUUCAGUCAGUUGACAAAGGGGCUGUAAUGACUUUAAUUCUGAAAGAAGCUGGCAAACGGAGGAAAACUAAUGCAGAAAAUGUUAUUCUUGCAAUUGAUUCUAAAACAGGGCGAGUUCUAUGUCAAGACAAAUCGACCACAAAACGCUUCAAUAUUCCUCUAGAAAUUGUUUUACAGUACCCAAGUAUUGAUAUACGCAAUGAUCUUCUUGAUACCAAUAUCUGUGUUUGUUCAGCAGCCGUACCACCUCUCUUCUCGGACAAUUUUGAUUUUCAAACCUUAGAUGAUUUUGUGAGAGGUUUACUCAUCAAUGAAGAAAUUCUAGCCAGUUCAGUUUAUAGUCAUGUCUUAUUAGGAGAUGAGUAUACUGCCUGCGUUAAUAGUUGGAGCUCUUACCAGCAGGUUAGUGCUGAUGUUAUUAACCGCUGGGUACAUCCACAAGUGCCUGACAAUAAUGUCCAAGCACCGUAUACCUACAGGCGGAACAAUAUUUAUCUGCAACAGAAUAUCUCUCUUUCCAAGGACUGCAAGCUCCUUCAAGAUACGAUUAUUGGUGCAGGAUCGCAAAUUGGGAAUAACACGGUAAUUAAGAAUAGUGUCAUCGGAUGCCAGUGUAAAAUUGGUUCUAACGUUACCAUCAAAAACUCUUUUCUCUUUGACGGCUGCAUUGUGAAAGAUAAUUGCACUAUCAGCUAUGCAGUCCUAGGAUCUGCGUCUCAAGUAGGGGAGAGUUCGUCUGUACUGGAUGGAUGUAUUCUCGGUCCUCAUGUUGUCUUAGAUUCAAAAACGUGUGUAAAGAGUAUGUUGUUGCAGGCUUCGGAGAGCAAAGAUAAAGUCGGAUCACAAGCUUACAUUUAUGAAAACAAAGAUGCUGAUGAUUCGGACAGCGAUUAUGAAGAGGAUAGUCCGAAUGAAGAAUACCUUGGCUUGUGUCUCAGCGAUGAUGAUAAUGAAGAGAAAGACGGAGUUGCUGGUUCAGAAAGUGAUACAAGUCUCAGUGACGAUGAAGAUCAUCAUGCUCAGACACCACUACCUGACGAUACUAACUUAUUCUAUUCUGAAGUAGUUGAUUCCCUUGUUCGUGGCUUUGAAGAUAAGUUGCUCUGUGAUAAUUUAAUACUAGAAAUUAAUUCAUCAAGAUAUGCAUACAAUGUGAGCGUGGGAGAAGUCAAUUUUCAUGUUGUUCGGGCAUUGCUAACAUUGCCAGAGAAUGAAGACUUGGAGAAAUUAGAAAACGUACAGAAACUCGGGAAAUACCUGCAGCAACUGAAAUCAAGACUAAUCUAUUUCCUCCCAAUCUUGAAGAAUUAUGUGCGAAAUGAAGAUGCCCAGGCGGACUGUCUGCAAGCAAUAGAAGAAGUGGCUUCGUCGAAUGAAUUAUUUGGUAAAGUGGCGGUUAAAGUAUUCGUUUUUUUGUAUGAGAAAGACAUUUUAGCGGAAGAAGAGAUCAUGAAGUGGUAUCAUAAUCUAAGUGAUGAGUCAGAAUCGUUGAAGAAACAGCUGAUGCCUUUCAUCAAAUGGAUGCAAGAAGCUGAGGAAGAGUCUGAUAGCGAUAGUGAAUAAGUUUAACUUGAUAUUGCGUUGCUGGAAAAAUUAACUUGUGUUUCCUUUUUUUGUCUAUUUUAAUUGUAAAAUAAAUUAUUGAAUUUUAUUUUUAAAAAAA